AUGUUAUCAGUUGAGAUGAAGAUAAAAUGGAUUUGCCCCACUGCUCCUACUUGGCCAGUACGAUUAAUUGGUGGAUUUCCUUGCACUGCUUGGUUUGACGUAGGAAAUUUUUCAGAAGACGCCCCUGAUGAUUUGGAGGGAUUAGAUGCUUCAGCAGCACAUGUUGCCAACCUAUUGUCAGUAGAGCCUGCUGAUGUCAAACUUGGUGUUGGGGGCUUCAGUAUGGGUGCUGCAACUGCACUCUAUUCUGCUAUAUGCCUUGUUUCAGGAAAUUAUGGGAAUGGGAACCUUUAUCCUGUCAAUCUAAGCGCAAUUGUUGGUCUAAGUGGCUGGCUCCCAUGUUCAAGGAACUUGAGGAACCGAAUGGAGGGAUCACAUGAGGCAGCAAGGCGUGCAGCAUCAUUACCCAUUUUUCUCUGCCAUGGCCUUGAUGAUGAUGUUGUUGUGUUGGUUAUUUGA